CUACCACCAGAAUGUACGCCAAACAUUGAUGGACCAGGAGCAAAAUCAGUACCUCGUGAACAAACUAUGCAUUCUUUUCAUACCCUGUUCUGUCAAGGCUGUUUUAAAUAUGACUGCUUUCUUCAUUGUAAGUCCUACUUGUGGUUUCAAUCCUUUGUUACUCGGUUACCCUCUGUUUAG